AAUAACGCAACUUGGCAGCUGAAUCUAACCUUACCUACACAGUUAAGGGGGCAUGGGAUGGACAACUAUAAGUUGCUAGAGAAGAUUGGCUGUGGUACAUUUGGUGUUGUUUACAGAGCACUUCACGAGCCUACCCAAGAAAUUGUCGCAGUAAAACAAGCAAGAAUCCAGCAGACAUACCAUGGAAUUCCCAGAGAGUUUCUCAGGGAGAUAUCUGUUCUUAGACAAACUGACAAAUUCAAACAUCCCAACAUCAUCCGGUUGAUUGAUUUGUUCAUGUACGACGACGAGGAUCACAGGAGACUGAUGCAGCUGACUUUGGUAUUCGAGUACAUCGAACAGGACCUGUUUCAGUUUCUGCAACACUACCCUCAACCUAACCUGCCUACCAAUGAAAUAAAGAACAUAGUGCUACAGUUGGUGUGCGGUAUUGAGUUCCUCCACUCCCUCUCCAUCAUUCACCGAGAUCUUAAGCCCCAGAAUGUUCUUAUCUCCACUGCAGGGGUGAUCAAGAUAGCUGAUUUCGGGCUCUCUAAAUUCAUCUGGAUACAGAAAGUAGUGACCCCCGAGGUGAUAACGCUUUGGUACAGAGCACCUGAAGUCCUACUGAACUGCGACUACAGCAAUAAGGUGGACGUGUGGAGUUUGGGCUGCAUAUUCGCGGAACUAGUUAAUAGAAGUCCACUGUUCAACGGGAGAACGGAAAUUGAGCAACUGCAGCACAUAUUCAAGGUAGUCGGCGUACCGAGUGAAGACAGAUUUCCAAAAGGGUGCAUAAUACCCCUCGACCAGUUCCCUAAUUACACUCCACAGAAAAUGUCUGAUAUCAUUCCUUCUGUCUCAGAACUGGGCAUUGAUCUUUUCACGAACAUGAUGAGAUUUGAUCUGCGGGACCGGAUAACAGCCGCUAAUGCCAUGGAACACGCUUGGUUUGACGAUGUAAUAACUUGUCGUAGACCUGGAAUCAUGACCCGACAAAGACACUCCAUGUCUCUAGCAGGACCCAUUCCUUCCCUAGCUACUGAUGACGAUGAAAUUGAAAUCGGUGCCGAAGGGAAAGGUGAGAAGAGGAAGAGAUCUGACGACCAGUCCCCAGAAAGCAGUUCGUCUAAGAAAUAUAAACUCGGAAGUCAAACUCCUAAGAAAGAGCCACCAAAACUCGGAAGUCAAACUCCUAAGAAAGAGCCACCAAAAACUCCCAAAAAAGAUGCCCCUAAGACACCAAAGAAGUACACCCCUCGAAAGGAAUUGCCAAAAACUCCAAAAAAGUUUACCCCUAAGCUUUUGAAGAAAGAGACGCCCAGGAAAGAAACACCUAGAAAAGACACACCUCGCAAAGAAGUCCGGAUUAUGUGCCCUGAAGUAGUUCUAGGAACUCCCGAGAAGAGACAAGUUACGAUCACUUCACCUCGUAAGUCGGAGCGUUUAGAAAAGAGACCAUCUCCUCACACUUCAGGGGACGAGUCCUGUAAACUAGAAAAUCUAUCCACUCUGGAGUGCCAGUCUCGGAAGUCAGAGCGUCUGGAGAAAAAAGCGUCCCCAGUAAAGUCUGAGGAAACAUCCGGGUCAGCUCUAGAUAAAGAAAACGUUCCGUGUAGCAGCCAGACUCUUAGAUGAUGAUUUAAUAGGUUAUGUUAAUGAUAGUUGGUUAUCAAAUCCAGCCAAUUCAAAGCCACUGCAUAUCCUCAAAUUAGGUCCCAGCAAAGAUGCACGAGGAGCCGUGAAAGUGGCCUAAUCCUUCUGACAAACCAGAACAGGAAAAAGAGCGAAAUCCAUGUCACAACGCCA